UGGGAGAGGAUCAUCGUGAUCGUAUUGCGAUGAGGUCAGGGUGUGUGAACGAAUGUGUUGAUAUGCGAUGAGAGUGAAGGCUGGAGAGAAAGGAUGACGAUCAACGUCAAUGUAGCCUCGUGUUGGGUAUGAGUGCUUGGGACCUGCCCUGCGAUUUCGUGCUUUGUCUUUGCUCGUACCGUCAAGGUCAAAGCGAGAGAGAGGUUUGCGAGCAGAGAUGGGCAAAGUUGCCGAGAGAGGCACAAACUACAAGGUGGCAGCGCGUCGAGGGAUAGUCGUUCCUCGGCAGGGCAAGACGGACAAAGCAUGCGAUCGCUGGAGCUGGGGCAGUCGCUACAGUCGAUCAUAGUUUGAGGAGAGACGAGGAAGAGCGACUCGAUGCGUGCAGUCAUCCAGCGUGUAAAGAGCGCAUCGGUGAGCGUGGACGGACAGAUCGUGUCAUCGAUUGGCAAGGGCUUGCUCUGCCUGAUUGGUGUAGCAAGGGACGACACGGCGAAAGAUACGGAAUCGAUCGCAAAGUCAAUCUUGAAGCUGCGGCUCUUUCCCGAGACGGCGAGCGAUGAGAGUCCACAGUGGAAGCAGUCUGUCGUAGACAUCAAGGGUGACUUGCUCUGCGUCAGUCAAUUUACGCUCCUUGCUCUGACGUCAAAGGGAGCCAAGCCAGACUUUCACGAUGCUAUGGCACCCAAUGAGGCAAAGACGCUUUAUGAGCAGCUGCUCUUUCGUCUGGGGCAGUCCUACGACGGCAAGAUCGCAGACGGCCGGUUUGGGGCCAUGAUGGACGUCAGCCUGGUCAACUGGGGCCCAGUGACUGUGAGAUUGCGUCCCUUCGCACUCAUCGAAGCGAGUUGACAUACUCGUCGCAGAUCCAGCUGGACAGCAAGGAUGACGGUUCGCCAGCUCGAUCGGCUUUCGAGGAAGCCAAAGCGGCCAAACGGCUCGAAACAGAGC